ACAGAUUGCGUUCGCUACAGGACGCCCCUGUUUUGGAGCCACACUGCCAUUACGAUUGCGAGGUGUGGGAGAGGAGGUGGUGGUGGUCUUCUGGUCAUUGACGACGACGGAGGCGAAGAAACCCUCUAGAGAGAGAGAGAGAGAGAGAGAGAGAGGAAGGGUUUUUCGCUUCAACUUUUCGCGCUCUUCUCUCGCUGUCAUCAGUCUCAUCUCCUUCCUUUCCUUUCCUUUCCUUUCCUUUUCCUUUUCCUUUUCUUUUGCCCUUUUCUCAUCUCGAAGUCCCUUUCUUCGUAACGUCGCGGUGACCCAUUUGGCGUUUCGCUGCUGGGUGCGAUCCCGAUCGAACGCGAGUACUGUUCCCCGGGAGUUGAUAAUACCCGGAGAAAGCAAGAACAAGAAAAGUAAAAGGAACGGCGAAAGCGAACGUUUUUAUUUCUUUAGCCGUGUUUUGAGCUUGGUUUUGCUUGGAGCGGCGGACUGAAGGGGGAGUUCCACGUGAUAUCAGUAAAGGCGCUUCGGAUUUGAAUAGUCUCAUCUCUGGUAAAUGGGAUGCAUUCUUCUUCUUUGCGCGCUUCGAUGUUUUGUCUCCGUUUGACGAGGAAAAUUUGAGGUCCGGAAGCGGAAAUAGGGAAAGAAAAAUUCCAACUUUGGUGGGUGGGGGGUGCUCUUCAAUCUCUCUCGUCCAAGUACGUGAUUCGAUCGUCCCCUUUGGCGUCGCGUGGAGAUUUUGACAUGAUGGGGGCUUUCCUCUGAGCGCGGACUUUAGCAGAGGAGGGGCUUGUGCUUGGACUCUAUCGUUUCUGGAUCCGAUCUCAUCUCAUGCCUCGCUGUUUCGCUUUCGCCUGUUUCUUUUGCUCUGUAUUGGGUCGCGUCGUCUGCUGAUGGAGUGAUUUGAAGGCUGAAAGCAGAGCGACGCAGGUGUCCUUUCGUCUUCCGUGAAGUUUUUAACUCCGCAGCGUGUCAUUUUGCUUUUGGUCUCAAGCUCACGCCUGCGCAACUGGGUACCAGCGAAAGGAAAAGUUUACACCGGAUGAGUGCUUCUUGAGCUCGAGGAUUUCGUCCCUUCCUCUGGCAAGACCAGGACCGAAAAGGGUAUCCGUACUUCUGUGUUUCCCAGCUCAUCGGUUUCCACUUUGAGAAUAUUCGUGCUUGAUUUUCACCAUCUGGAGUAAAAGUGUUCUUCUUCCACUUCAGUUUUUUUUUUAUUGCCCCUCAAUUUGGCUUUUCCGUGAUUCUGAGGAUUUCUUGUCAACCGGUCAAAAGGGUCUUGUCAUUGCAAGAAUCUGCCGUGUUUUGAGUGGAAUGGUUUGUUGGUUGGCGGUACAUGUCUCUGAAUCUCGCCGUGGUGGGGGCAGAGCAAUAAUGAUAAGGGCUUGAUUGGUCACUCCAAGCUUGAUUUGCCGAACAAGAAGGUUGGAUCAGACGCGCCCAAUGUGGAAGUUUCCCCCUUGUCCUAUAAUGCGUGUUUCUCGAGCUUAUUAAGGUGCAAUUUGGUUUGGGAAGUGAGCGACUCUGUGGCAGAAGAGAACUGAGAUUUCAUCUGGCAAUGAGUAGAGAACAGAAGAGAGGGAAGCUGGAAAAGGGCAACAUGGAUGUUGCUGAAAAGGUGGUGGUUGCUGUUAAGGCCUCGAAGGAGAUUCCGAAGACGGCUCUCGUCUGGGCUUUGACUCAUGUUGUUCAACCUGGGGAUUGCAUUACCCUGCUGGUUGUGGUUUCUUCCCAAAGUUCUGGAAGAAAGUUAUGGGGUUUCCCAAGGUUUGCAGGGGACUGUGCUAGUGGGCAUCGGAAGUCCCAUUUAGGGUCGAGUGCAGAGCAGAAGAUUGAUAUAACAGAUUCCUGCUCCCAAAUGAUCCUUCAGCUCCAUGAUGUGUAUGAUCCGAAUAAGAUAAACGUCAAGAUAAAAAUUCUCUCUGGAUCGCCGUGUGGAGCAGUAGCUGCGGAGGCAAAGAAAGCUCAUGCAAGUUGGGUUGUAUUGGACAAACAGCUAAAACCUGAGGAAAAACGAUGCAUGGAAGAGCUACAAUGCAACAUUGUUGUAAUGAAACGGUCUCAGGCGAAGGUUCUUCGCUUGAAUUUGACGGGAUCGCCCAAGAAGGAGACCGAAGCUCAUCCGCCACCAUCUGAGCUGGAUGAAGCAUCUGAUAAACAUCACAAAAUUCAGCAUGAAGCCCCGAAUUCUGUCCGUGGUCCAGUUGUCACUCCAACUAGUAGUCCAGAGUUAGGGACACCAUUCACUUCUACUGAAGCUGGAACUUCGUCAAUGUCGAGCUCUGACCCCGGAGCUUCACCCUUUUUCAUUUCAGAGGUGAAUGCAGGCAUAAAAAAGAAUGUGCCUAGUGUAGUGAAGGAAAUUAGGGAUGUCGAUGAAUGUAGUAGCUCAGACUCAGACAGUGAAAAUUUAUCUCUAGGUUCAACGAGCUUGAGGUUUCAACCAUGGAUGGCGAAAUUGCUUGGUUCUAAUUGUAACGAUUCCGUUCAUUUUGGACAAAGCUUUCAGAGAGCUAAUGACACAGUGCAAGCAUUAAUUGCCAAGGAUAUGCCAAGUAAGUUCGCUAGAAGCAAUGAAGAUGAUCUGAUUCAAUUGCCGGACUACAGGGAUGAUAUGGACAUAGGUGGAAAUUUGAGAGAAGCAAUCUCACUGUCCAGAAAUAUGCCCAGUGGCCCCCCACCUUUGUGCUCAAUAUGUCAAAAUAAAUCUCCUGUUUUUGGAAAACCACCAAGAUGGUUCAGCUAUGCUGAGCUAGAGCUUGCAACUGGCGGUUUUUCACAGGCUAAUUUCUUGGCUGAAGGUGGUUUUGGAUCUGUUCAUAGAGGGGUACUUCCAGAUGGUCAGAUAGUUGCUGUCAAGCAACACAAAUUGGCUAGUUCUCAGGGUGAUCACGAAUUCUGCUCAGAGGUUGAAGUCCUGAGCUGUGCUCAGCACCGAAACGUUGUCAUGCUGAUUGGGUUCUGUAUAGAGGACAAAAGAAGAUUACUGGUGUACGAGUACAUUUGCAAUGGUUCCCUGGAUUCACAUCUCUACGGACGUCAUCAAGAGCCAUUAGAAUGGUCGGCACGACAAAAGAUUGCUGUCGGGGCUGCUCGAGGUCUGCGAUAUCUUCAUGAAGAGUGCAGAGUGGGUUGUAUUGUCCAUCGUGAUAUGCGUCCAAAUAACAUCCUCAUAACUCAUGACUUCGAACCCUUGGUAGGGGACUUUGGCCUCGCUCGGUGGCAGCCUGAUGGACGCACUGGUGUUGAAACAAGAGUAAUUGGUACUUUUGGAUAUCUAGCUCCUGAAUAUGCUCAAAGUGGACAAAUCACAGAGAAAGCUGAUGUAUAUUCAUUUGGGGUGGUGUUGGUGGAGCUUGUUACUGGGAGAAAAGCUGUGGACGUUGAUCGGCCCAAGGGUCAGCAGUUUUUAACUGAGUGGGCUCGUCCACUGUUGGAAGAAUAUGCAAUUGAUCAGCUGAUAGAUCCACGAUUGGGAGAUCACUAUUCCGAGCACGAGGUUUGCUGCAUGCUUCAUGCUGCAUCCCUAUGUAUACGGCGUGAUUCACAUUCCAGGCCUCGCAUGUCACAGGUGCUGCGCAUUCUCGAAGGUGACAUGCUUGUCGACACCAAUUACAUGUCGACUCCGGGGUCUGAUGCGGGAAGCCGGAGCGGACGAAUUUGGACGGAGCAGCAGCCUCAGCAUUAUCACAGCGGUUCCUUACUGAACGAGGCAGCCGAAGCAUUUAGCGGGAAGCUGUGCCGCAAAACACAAAGGCUUUCCAUCAAGGAGCAGGAGAUGGCCAGGAGGAUAUCAUGUGAAGAUGAGAUGUGAGGAGGGGCUCAUCCAGUUUUUAUAUGGUAGAGUUAUAUGCCAUUUUGCAUAAUUUUUUCCCGUCAACUCUUACAAUUUCUCUGUCGAAGCCGUCUAAAAUUUUGGUUGUGUAUAGUGCUAAGGAGAGUAGGGAAUCAGCAUGCUAGUGUAAUUCUUUGAAUAGUGAAUGCUAAGAUGUGAAUGUUUGAAGUAUAUCAUAUUUUCUAGUUCAAAGGUAAAA